UGCUCUUCCCCCUCUAAAGUCCCUUUCUCCCACACUCCCACUCACUCGGCUCUCCCACCUGCACCUUGUUGCGUACCUUCCCAAGUGCCCACUCCACCAUUCACACUGCCUCUUGCCGCGUUCUUUUUACACUGGCAACUUGAAUCUCUUCCUUUUCCCUCAAUCCUCAAUCCAAUCACUUUGGUCACCACACCAAACUCUCCUUCAUCAACAUCCAGCCUCUCUCAAUCAGAGAUCCUCUACCCUUUGCGAGUUUCCUCAACACUCGCACCGAUCCCAACGGUAAGCUCCUUGUCCCCUCAAAACCCGUCCUUCAACACAAGGGGCCACAUCAACCCCACGUCCUCAGCUGCGAUCCCUCAGCAUCACACCGCGCAGCGCACGCACACAAUCCAUAUGGCAACAGUCACAAGUUGACCUGGGGUUUUGGAUCGAUUGAUCGCGUGAGCUGUCUCGUUGUCUCCAGUAAUCCUCAAUCACCAGCUCUCAUUCUAUCGUUCCCAACACAAUAACUCAAGGUUUCCGUCAAUCCCACCUGCGAUCUAUCAAAUCACUCUUGCUCAAGUUGGACUCAUUGCACGUUUCAUCAAGCAAAACGAUUGAUCUUAUGUUCAAUCACGAAUAAUAGACACGGACGGUGAUGAUCUGAAAUGCGUUGCUGCUCUCAAUUCCACGCCGACGUCACAAAUGUUUAUCAAAUUUGAUGGACCCCUGGCUAACCAUUCAUCAACUAGAUUUCCCUCCUUUCCAUUUCCUAGCCAAAAACAAAUCACAAAAUGGGUGUCGAAGAGUCUGUCUACCUGGCAAAGCUUGCCGAGCAAGCUGAGCGGUAUGAAGAAAUGGUUGAGAACAUGAAGGUUGUUGCUUCGGCAGACAAGGAACUUUCGGUGGAGGAACGAAAUCUCCUCUCGGUUGCCUACAAGAACGUCAUUGGUGCUCGCCGUGCCAGUUGGAGAAUUGUGACAUCCAUCGAGCAAAAGGAAGAGUCCAAAGGCAAUGAGGCCCAGGUCAAGCUCAUCAAAGAUUACCGUAUCACCAUCGAGAAGGAGCUCGGCAAGAUCUGCGAAGACAUCCUCGAGGUUCUCGACAAGCACCUGAUUGCCUCUGCUGAAACCGGCGAAUCCAAGGUUUUCUACCACAAGAUGAAAGGCGACUAUCACCGAUACCUUGCUGAGUUCGCUACUGCCGACAAGCGCAAGGAGUCGGCCGACAAGUCGUUGGAAGCCUAUAAGGCCGCGACUGAAGUUGCUCAGACUGACCUCGCACCCACUCACCCCAUCCGCCUUGGUCUCGCCCUGAACUUCUCUGUCUUCUACUACGAGAUCCUCAACUCUCCCGACCAAGCGUGCCACCUGGCCAAGCAGGCUUUCGAUGAUGCCAUUGCUGAGCUCGACACUCUCAGUGAAGAAAGCUACAAGGACUCGACAUUGAUCAUGCAAUUGUUGAGAGACAACUUGACCCUAUGGACUUCAUCCGAGGCCGAACCCCAAGAGUCUGCGGGACAAUCAAGCGAACAACCCAAGGAGACCGAAGGUGGCGCGGCACCAGAGUCCACGACUGAGAAGGCCGAGUAAAGUUUGGGGAGUAUCUUUGAAGGCUUAUUCAUGAUAUCCCUGGCUGCGUAACAUGGAGGUGGUGCAGUGUCUUUUUUUGAACAGCUGGGGCACAUCCAUGCAUCCGACGAUCUUUUCCUGCCCAUAGUAUCCCCGACAAACUCUCUGCCGGCAAUAAAAGACGAUGUCUGCUACGCUGUCGCGGUCGAUAUCAGAUUCUACUCUUAGAUAAAGAAAUCAGAAUAGCAAUAUCGUCCGAUUCGCAUUUCUGGUCCACAGAAUGCUAACUAUGAGAAUUGCUUGAUAAGCCGCUCCGAGCCUGGCUACGUGUUGGACUUUUCC